UUACCGCAGCAACCACAUCAGGAGCAACACCAGGAGAAACAUCAGCAACAAAUGCACCCCGUUCCAAACAAUCGCCAGCCCCAGAACAUGGAUCCUCUAAAAGCAACGAUUGACACCAGCACUGGUUCUGUUUUCAACGCGAAUGGCAAUUCCUACCAGGCUUCUUCUCCUCCUCCUGUCGCUACAGGCUUCCACGAUAAAAUGGCCUUUUCGAUGACGUCCAUCGGCAUCGGCAUCGAUCACCAGCACUACCACUUUCAAAACCAAAGCCGCGGCAACCCCCCGCCCUUUCCGGAUGCUACCGAGGCUGCAGCAAAGGCCGUCAAAGAUGCAAUGGAUCGAUCCUUUCUCCGGUGCUCUUAUCCUCCUAGCAGCACCGCUCCGUUGCAGAUCCGGAUCCGGUUGGGGGUCCCCUGCGCGCAGUCAUCCGGUACGCACAAAACGAACGUUGGAACCCUCAUGGCGGUCGAUCAAAAACGAAUCGCCUCCGUUCUCCCCUCCUCUGUGAACCUUCUCCCCCUGCAGUUCGAGGUGGGUGGUCUCUUUGUGCCCGGAGGGAGCGGCGGCAACAACAGCAACCCCAGUGCCAAUCGCACUGCUCCCUCGAUMUGCACGGUAGUAGCGUGCAUCACCCUCGAGCCGUUCGACCGCUGUAGGCAACCGCUGCCUUCCUCCACGCAGCAGCUAUCAUCGCCGCCACAGCGACAAUCCACACAGCUCGUACCGAACCAACCCAAGGUGUCAAUCUUUUCUUCCACUAGCACUCUUCGCGGUACUGCUACAACCACUGCGGCUCCGUUACCACCGCCCCCCCUGUCGUAUCGGACUACACAACAAGGGGAACACCAUUCCGCGGAACGAGAACCUACCGAUGGCAAUAGAACUGAUCUUCGACCUUCGGCGAUAGGCGAAAGCAAGAUUCACCAGUGUGAAGCAACCAUCGAGGGGAAGAAAUCACAGCAGCACCAAUCCCUGGCUCGUGGAAAUUCAACUAAACGUGCGCAUGCAAAUGCAUUGCCUCCCCCUUCCCAACCACACCGUCAAAUUGCAGCAGUAUCAGCUGCUACAACGAAUUCUAUCGAACUGCUUGCAAUGAUCAGCGCGCAAGAAAUCAACCGCACAAACACGACAACGAUAGCCGCUUCCGCAACACAAGUGGCAGCAGCAGCAGCAGCAGCAACGGCCGUACCACCGAGCCACACUCAUCCUACGCCCGAUCUCCGUGUACCACCGAUGGUACCUGAAGGAACGGAUACUUCUACCGAUCACCAUAUAAGUGGAAAACGCAAACCAUUCCCACCGGAACGAACCACCCCUAAGAACCACGGUAACAACUCCGAGGUUCUCAACGGUGGGAUCCAAGCAAGUUUUAAUGGCGGCCCCCAACCCUCUGCAAAUAACGGUGCCCGAACCGUUCCAGGAACCUCCAGUGCUCCCCUUUCGGACGCCAGGAUCCAGACUUGCGGUUCUGUWGCCAUACAAAGACCCCCGCCAUCGUCGCCGAUCUAUACCGACUGGUCGGGUGAGCGGCCCCUYCCGGAGGAACGGGAUUGCUGGGCCUUGUCGACGAGAACGACUUCGAGUCCGGUCUUCCCCCUCAAGCUACACGAGACUCUGAGCCAGAUCGAACGAGACGGACUCGAGCACAUCAUCGGGUGGCUCCCACACGGAAGAAGCUUUAAGAUUUUCAAGCAAAAGGAGUUUGCUGAGAUCAUCCUCCCCAGGUACGUACAUGCAAGCAAAGAUCGUGCUGUAUUCAUUAUUUUACCAUGUCGUGAAAUGCAAGCGGUCUCCCUGCCCCCUCGAGUGGUUCUGCUCACUGCGAUUUUUUGGUGUUCGUUCGUCCUGAACUUUAUAGAUACUUUGUGAUGACUAAGAAGUCAAGCUUUUUGAGGCAACUCAAUCUUUACUCGUUCCGCCGGUUCAGUGCGGGCUUCACGGACAAGGGAAGCUACUACCACGAAAAGUUCUUGCGCGGCAGAAAGUUUUUAACACGGAGGAUGACCCGACAGAAAGUCAAUGGGAAUCGUAUACGAUCCGCGGGCAACCCGGACGAGGAACCCAAUCUGAUGUUGUACCCCGUUUGCUACGGAGAAAACCAGAGCGAGGAAAAACAACAACAGYCUCAGCAACACCAGCGAAAACUUCCCGCGACCCUUUCGUCCUCCCAGUCUUCUUUCUGUGCGUACACUGCUCCUGGGCCCACCCAAACAGCAACAGAUCCUCCGGUGGCCGGAGGAAUUUCAAAUAGAAAUGAUACGAUAGGGACAGCUCCGUUUUUGAAAGUACUCUGAACCCACCGUGAACCGAAAUCGUGCGUUGUUGCCUCGCUUAUCAUGCCGAAUUUGAGCUGAUAAUUUUCAUUGGUUCACGACAGUUGCAGUCCAACUUUAACUCCU